AUGUCUGUGAUAAUGAUGGAUAUCUGGUUACAAACACAGCAGAACAUGUUCAUCCCCAGUGACAGCAUGCUGAAGCGUCUGAUAUCAGGUCUGGAUGAGAUGUGUGAGGCGACUGGGAGGAAACUUCGGCGCUGUGGUCCUCCUCCCCUCCUGCUGCCUGGUUAUAAGACUGCAGGUCUGCUGAAGUCAGUGCUCACAGACAGGAUGCACUCCUCAUGCUGCCCCACAGCCAAACCACAGACACUGAAGGUGCUGUGUGUUCGGGUGUGUAUGUUCUACUGCACCAUGUCUCUGGCAGGCUGGCCGCUCUCCUCAGAGGCAGCCAGACUCCGCUGUGGUACUGACCUCCUCAGCGACCUCAUAUUUGUGUGUGGGGACCGUGGAAUCUACGUAGGUAAAGGUACGUGGUCCGGUUAUGGGGCCCGGCCCAGAGGGAAAGGGAUAGUGGACCAGUGCUGCCGGCCGUCUGGCUGUGAGCUUCAGCAUCUGGAGAUGUACUGUGCUAAACCAAAGAGCCAACAGCACACCACAGCGCAGCCAGCCACAACCACAGCGCCUCAUACCACGACACAGUUGGACACACAGUUGGCACAGCAAUUCAAGGCGGUAUUUCAGAAGAGACUUUUAGAGCACCUGGGAGCCCCCGACAGCCCGAAGAGGGAAGCUUACAGAAGGAAAACACAGCCUUCUCCUCGACGGAAAAGCAAAGCUCCAUCAUCGCGAAGGAGAAUUACCACCACCAGCAGACCUCCUUCUUCCUCCCUUCAAAGAACGAGCUCUGAAUCGUGACCUCUGAUCUAAUGAAACACUGAAUAUUUACUGGACUGUAUCCAGCAAGUUUGAAGGGCUGAUGCUGGCUGCUGUAAUAUGAACUUAAAGACGUUCUCGGCUACACAGAUAUCAAACUGGUCAGAAAUCACAAGCCGGAAUUGGAGAUAACUAACCCACUGGCAGCCAUGUUGGGGCUCCAGGAGACAGCUGACGUCCUGACACUGUCUCGGGGAUAGCUGCUGCUACACUAACCUUUGGCCCUCUCUUUCUUCUGGAACAAAGUGUAACUGUGUAACUCCCUUGAGAUCCACUCACACUCAGCUCUAAUGUCACCUUUCCACUACUCUGGACACACGACUGUAACUAUGGUGAGCCGUUUUACAUUUAUUCCCUAAGACUUACUAGUUGCUUUUUAAAAGCUAUUUGUACUUAUUACUAAAAAUUAAGUACUAGUAUCUAAUCAAUUGAUACUAGUAAAACAGGAAUAGUUACUAGUAACUAAUAAAUAAGUACAAGUAGCUUUUAAAUUGCGACCAGUAAGUUUUAAGGAAUAAAUGUUAAAACUGCUUACUAUACUGUAACCACCAUAUCUGGACCAGAAAGCUUGGCAAGUAUGUCCUGAUAGCUCACUAAGUCUUGGCCUUAAUGUUUAACUGAUGAUGGACUUUGGCUUUUGGGAAAUGGUGUUCGUUAAAGGCCGCUAAAUGUUAAACACACAGCAAUAUAACAUUGUUAACCAUCCCUGUCUGGACAAAUGGAGUGUACCAAAUUACUUUCAUUUGCCUUAUUUUAAAUGCCAAAUCUUAUAUCUGGAACAGAACCUGGUUUCAGUGCAGCUCCUUUAGUCCUUUUCCACUGCAGCGACUUAGUGAGGCUUUUAAGACUCUAUAGUUUGUUUACAUUUUAUUUAAAGCAGUAAUACAUUUUUUGUUGUAGUUAUUUAAUUAUGUUUUACCUUACAAGGUUGCUGUGAUGAACGUGAUAGCAAAAAUUGAGUUUAUAUAUAUACCUAUUUGGUAGUUAUGUAGCAACAUUAGUAUUACUUUAGAGUGUGUUCACUGUCCUUUUAGCUCUGUCUCCACCACCUCCUGAGAUAAAUAUCUGUGUCUUUAGCUGCUAAAUGCUCCACUGUGUGUACCUGUUAGCCGCCAACGUUAUCUGUCUGCUGUUUGUGAGGUUAUGUUACCUUCCUGCAGUGGAAAAGAGCAAUAGGAGUCACACCAGUUGAUGCCUAAUGUCUGUGCCAUCAAGAGCUAAUCAAGAUGUCACUGAGAUGUUAGCUUCUUAGCCACUGUAGCUGAUUGAUCUUGUUUAACACACUCAUUAUUAUGUAUUUAUUAUUUACGUAUAUGUGAGCGACCUGCUGUGUGUGUGUGUAUGUGUGUGUGUGUGUGUGUAAUAUCUGUUCACAUGCAAUUUUAUUGCACUUUCAAUUACAGUUUGUAGCUUUACCGUGUGUUUUGGGCACAAACGUUAGCAAAAGGGUUUGAGAGAACUUGUAGUUACAUCUACUCCAGUUGUACUAAUUUUUAUUUUUCCUCUGUCUGAGAUUAUCAGUCACAGUGUGUUUAUUAUUUCAAAUGUUGUGUUUAGCAUGCUUUGUGUAAAAAACUUUGAAUGCAUUUAUUAUUUAUUUCACUCUGACUAUAAUAAAUAUUAAAUCGUCA